UACCUCACACAUCCGCCUUGUUGCGCUGCACGUUAUUAGCAAAGCGACACGUCUGUCACCCGAACCCGCGAGGCGACAAGAAAGUCCCAGUUUGACUUUUGAGUGGAGUUUUUGUGUGGAAGUGUUCGACCAGGACAAUCACACGUCCAAGCAACAGGCUCCCCAGCUUUUCAAAAUGGACGACAUCCAGGUUGUCUCCAAACCGCUGCUUGUUGACAGGGAACUGCCGGGCCUGAGAGAGGCUGUGCAGCAGCUCGUUAUCAAGGAGCAUGAUGUGGAGACUCCUCAUGGAAGAAUCCACUGUACAAUGAAGGGGGUCCCCAAGGCCGACAGACCAUGCAUCCUCACCAUGCAUGACAUCGGACUGAACCACAAAACCUGCUGGGACAUGCUCUUCAACCACGAGGACAUGGCAGAGAUCAUGCAGCACUUUGCGGUGUGUCACGUUGAUGCCCCCGGGCAGCAUGAGGGAGCUAACACCUUUUCCACUGGAUAUGAGUACCCCUCAAUGGACCAGCUGUCUGAGACACUCCCACUGGUGCUGAAGCACUUUGGGCUGAAGAGUGUUAUUGGAAUGGGCAUUGGAGCCGGGGCCUACAUUCUGACUAGAUUCGCUCUGGACUACCCCAACAUGAUGGAGGGGCUGAUGCUCCUCAACAUCAACCCAUGUGCUGAGGGAUGGAUGGACUGGGCUGCACACAAGAUCAGCGGCUGGACUCACGCCAUGCCUGACAUGAUCAUCAGCCACCUCUUCGGAAAGGAGGAGAUCCACCACAACCAGGACCUGAUUGGAACAUACCGCCACCACAUCCUCAAUGACAUGAACCAGUUCAACCUGCAGCUCUUUGUCAAGUCCUACGAAAGUCGGAGGGAUCUGGAGAUUGAGAGGCCGGUCCCUGGAAGCAACGUCAGAACCCUCAAGUGUCCUUCUCUGCUGGUGGUUGGCGACAACUCUCCUGCUGUGGAGGCUGUGGUUGAGUGCAACACCAAGCUGGACCCAACAAAGACUACCCUGCUCAAGAUGGCUGACUGUGGAGGCAUGCCCCAGGUUGACCAGCCUGGCAAACUGACAGAAGCGUUCAAGUACUUCAUUCAGGGCAUGGGAUACAUGCCCUCUGCCAGCAUGACCCGCCUGGUCCGCUCCCGCACCGCCUCCGGCUCCAGCGUCACCUCCUUCGACGGCAACCGCUCGCGUUCCCACACCAGCGAGGGGAACCGCUCCCGCUCGCACACCAACGAGGGCAGCCGCAGCCGCAGCCACACGGCUGACAACCAGCGCGGCCGCUCCCACACAGGUGGUUCCAUGGACGGCACGGCCAACAGCAACGUGGACCAAGCCGUGCCCAAGUCCACCGAAGUGUCGUGUUAAGUGAACCUCUGCUCUCCAGACACCCGAAAUGUCUCAAGGUCCCUUCGCUUGUGCUGCGCUGCCUCUAACUGACACAGUGACACACAUCCUUACGCACAUACACAUCGACAUGGAGAAGGAGACAAAGAUAGCUUACCUGGAAUUGUAAAAACGCACAACAACAACGUCUGCAGACUAUUAAGUGCAGGCGAGAAGCACAGAUUUGAAAUUCUGAUGCGUUUUGAGAGAGAGAUCAGCCUGUUCUGUCACACUGAGCUCAUCGGUCAGGUGCAGUCAGGGGCAUCGCAGCACCUGGGGACACCAGAGCAGAGAAUAUCGGAGAAAGCUGUGGCCAUGAGUACACCAGCUUGUACAUGUAUCUCUCAUAAUCUCUCAUACCUAUAAAAAAGUUUUAAUUUCCAUCUCUCCAUUCCCUCAUCCUGUUUUUAUCCAUUUUUACCAUAUUGACACAGCUUUCUCAAAUAUACCUGACUGUAAAUGACUGUUGUCUGUUCUCACUUGUAAUUGUUUUAUCAUUUAUUCUUUAUUUUCCAUGUUUUAAGUGUUGUUGUUUGUACGUAGGAGCAGAUUUGUAGGUGUGGAGAGAGAAUGGGAGGCACUUGGAGAAACCAAACUGGCAGUUUGCCUCACAAACCGCCGCACAACUUUGAAAAUUAAGGGACAGACUUCAGGUAUAUUGUGCAUAUACAGCAAGUACGGUUGUUUCAUCUUGCCAAUGUCCAUUAUCCUUGAGUUUUCUCAAAACAUCCUCUGUUAUUUGAACAAUUCUACGUCCGUUCACUGGUGACCUUUAAAUCUGGUCAGGAAUUAAAUCAUCAUGUUUAGUACGAGACUGUAUACUUUGUCAUUAAUCAAAACAAAGUCUGAAACCCAAAUUCAAAAGCUUGUACUUCAUAUGCUUUAUUAAUGGAUCAUGGCUUCAGACAAAAAUGUUUUUUUUUCUUCUUUUUUACGAUUUCUAUGCAAUCAAGCACAAAGGAACAAAGAUGUGCCAUGGAAUUGUUCACUUUUAAGACGUGAUGCUCCUAUGUGGUUGUGGGUUUUUGGGUGAGUGACGUGAUAGGUCCACAUGUUAACAUGAGGAUAGCCAUAGAACUGACCCGACACCUUCUACUCCCGUAUUUUACUUGCACUACAGCAACAUUUCGCUUUGUAGAAUACAUACACAGCUUUGUACAGAUGCGAUGCACAACCAUCUAAUGCUGUAGAAAAGCAUUAAAAUGACAUAACAUAACAUUUGUAUUUAUUAAAAAAAUGACAAUAAAAAAACUUCUAACUGA